AUGGUCCCGUCGGACAUCACAACGUGGCAAUGGGCAUUCGAGCCGGGCGCCCACUCACCGCUGUACAACCAAUCAACGUUGCCGUCGCCGUCGACGCCGCAGCUGGCCGGGUAUGUCAACGCUGUGACGAAGGAACGUCUCAACUGGGACGCGGUCAAGACCAAAGCCACGCAGUUGAGCACGGCGCUGAUCCGGAACUAUGGCCUCACUCCGGGCGACACCGUGUCGCUGUUCAGCACGAAUACCAUCUGGUAUCCCGUCGCCAUGUGGGCGGUCAUUAGAGCCGGCGGCCGCGUGAACGGCGCUUCACCGGCCUACACGGCCGAAGAGAUGACACACGCACUGAAGACGGCGGCGUCCAAGAUCCUGAUCACACUGCCGUCGUCACUGGACGUCGCGUUGAAGGCCGCUCAAGACGCGGGCAUCCCCCAGAGCCACGUGCUUCUCCUCGAGGGCCACGCCGACGGCUUCACUAAUAUCCAGUCGCUCAUGGAGUAUGGGGCGCGGUUCGAGCCCGAGGAGUUCUAUCGCAUCCCGCGUGGUAAGACGAAUGCCCAGGUCAUGCUGUCGCAUCAGAACAUCAUCGCGCAGUGUCAUCAGCUGAGGCAGUUACAAGCUGGAGGGUCGUAUAAGAUCCUUGCGGUCAUGCCGCUGUUUCACAUCACUGGGCUCGUCCGAUUCUGCACAUAUCCUGUCUUCAUGAAUGGAGACUCGGUAAUGCUUCCUUCGUUCUCGAUGAAAGCAAUGCUUGACGCGAUUGUGGAAUUCCAAAUCAAAGAGCUCAUUCUUGUUCCUCCCAUCAUCAUCCGUCUGGUGCGGGACAAGAUCGUGGACGAGUACGAUCUACGGCACGUUGAGCGAUGGUCGUCCGGCUCCGCGCCGAUAUCGCCUGAGAUCAUCGAACUGCUGAGAAGGAAAUUCCCCUGGACCGGCUUUCGACAAGGGUACGGCGCCACGGAAUCGACCGCGUGCAUUUCUUGCCAUCCUCCAAGCCAUUACGACUAUAAAUAUGCAACGACCGGCGGGAUGUUGGUCGCAAAUACGGUGGCGAAAGUAAUGGAUCUGACGACCGGGAAGGAGUUGGGACCAGGAGAGACCGGAGAGAUUCUCGCGCGUGGUCCGCAGAUCGCCAUGGGAUAUCUGGGGAACCCAACCGCGUCGGCCGAGACGUUCGACCAAGAUGGGUUCUUCCACACAGGCGACGUGGGAAAUAUCGACCGCGAAGGCCUGAUUCACAUCGAAGAUCGCAUCAAGGAAAUGAUCAAGGUCAAGGGCUUGCAGGUGCCCCCUGCCGAGUUGGAGGACUUACUGCUCGGUCAUCCACAGGUCGAAGACUGUGCAGUCCUCGGGAUUCCAGAUGAUUACUCCGGUGAGCGGCCCAAGGCGUACGUGGUGUUGAAGAAGGGCGUUGAGCCUACCGCCGAGAUGGGAGUUCAAUUGUUGAAGUUCGUGAAGGAGCGCAAGGUUCGGUACAAGUGGAUCACCGAACUAGAAUUUGCGGAUGAGGUCCCCAAGAGUCCGACGGGGAAGUUGCUGAGAAGGGUGUUGAAGGUCAGAAAUAAAGAGGAGGGCAGGAAGGGGGUAUGGGUCAGGGACGAGACAGAACGCGCGAGACUAUAA